ACCGCUUGCCCUAGAGGCUCGAGUGCGCGUGCGCUGUUCGCCUGUCCUUUUCCGGCGUCUCUAGGAGAGUGUAGAGAUAGGGAAACAUGGUUGCCUGUCAGUUCCGGUUCCCCAUCCAGGUUCCGCCAUUUGAGUGGCCAGCAUUUAGUCCUAUACAUGAAGUAUAAGCGCUCUUUCGCCUAUCAGUGUCAGUAGCCUGUUCAUAAGAUGAUAAAAAAAGCUUGAAGAAAAUAAUAUGGCUAAAUUAGGGCAUUUGGACUAGUUCUCCGGCCCGCACCGUGUACAAAGAAGGGUGUUACGUUUCCAUCCUAGAGGUUAUUGAGAUACAGUGACGCCAUUCAUCAGUCCCCCCUCCGCCCCCUGCCCGGGAGCACGAACUCACGACGACUUCCAGGCGAUAAGCUCGCUCGCUUUCCGUUUUGUAUUUUCCUUUGGCCUCCCGCUAGGGUCAACUGACAACCCGAAGUGUAAGCUAGCGUAAGUGUAAGUCUUGCUAUCCUGACUCCCUUAAGCGGCACGUGGAAGGAGGGCGGGGCACGGCGCCGACGCUCUGACCGCUUCCGUCCCCUUAUUGGACAAGCCUUGGCCGACGUAACGGCCGCGGUGGAAGCAACGAGGGCUUCGAUUGGCUAGGUGAAGCUCCGCCCCUGAUAAGGCCGGUUAGCGUCUCACGGCAGGCCAGGGUUGCCUGGCAACGGGAGGCCUCGGCCUUGACUUCGGAAAGGGAAGCCGUUGUCGUGGUGAUCGAGGGGCCGUUCGCGGUUGCGGGUUAUUCCUUCUUCCCAUUACACUGCCCUACCCCUCAGAAUCCAACUCAUCAGAAGUGCUAAAGCAUCUGAACCCACUGUCAGAAAUAUCAAAAACUGCCUCCCCAUCUAAAGCUCUCCAGCAGAAAACAUGACGACAGAGUUGCUCUUUUCAUCCUAUGAGCGAAUCGAUUCAAGCCGCUCCAAAAAGCAGACUCUCCGAGUGCCCUUAAGGAUCUUGGAUCCUGGUCGGACGAAACUGACCACUGUGGAGACAAAGAGGAUCAUAUCUGUCUUGGAUGAGACCAUCUUUAAGGUGGAGCUGGUCAGCGUGUUCUCCCAUGUCCUUGAGAACCUUGACGAGUUUAGCACCGUCUUAGGUCCUGACCUCACUGGAGCCUUCAGAGAACAUCUGCGACUCUCAAACAUGCUGGAAGCUACACUCUUUCGCCUGGAGGAAGAAGAUAUUUUGUAUAUAGGCAGCAGUAAAGAAACUUUCUUUGGCAUCGCGGAUCCUGAUGGUCACCUUACUUUGCAGGCUCAAGGUCUCAAAAGUUCUGUCCGAAACAUUGUACGCCUGCUUUAUGCCAAUACGGUCGCUUGUCAAGCCCUGAGAGACAUUGCUCAUACCAGAGACCCAUCUGUCCAAAAAUUCAUUAAAAGUAUUUCCAAGCUGAGGGAGUUCCUCUUUGAGCAACUCCUCACCACCCCGCUAGAAGAAAAAGAAAAAAAACGGUUUCUGCAUGAAACCUCUCAGAGGGAGAAGAAAAAUACAGAGACCUUGGCAGCUCUGGAAGAUGAAUUGACUGCAGCCAUCCAGAACAGGGAUGAGGAGAUUUCCAAGAAGAAUGCCACCAUCAAAGACCUGAAAACCCACCUGCAUAAUCUGGCCAAGUUCUCUGAAAGCCAAAUCCAGCGCACCAGAACGGAGGCAGAGAAACAGCACAAGGCGGAGGUACGCAGUUCUCAGGCAAAAUGUGCCAAGUUACAACAGGAACUGCAUCAGCUACGAGGCCAAUUCAACACCCUGGUUUCUGAGAAUCGGGAGUUGGAACUAAACCUUCGGAAGAAGAAAUACAAGGUGGAAAUGGAGAUAGAAAAUUGGGUCCAAAAAUACGAUAUAGAGAUGAUCGAAAAGCAGGAAGAGAUUGAGGAGAUUGAGGAGGUCUACGUGGUGGAGAAGCAGCAGCUGGCAGAGCUGCGGGAGAAAUUUGCCCGGCUGGAUGAGGAAUACGGCCAGAUCUUGGAGGAGAGGAAGGUGAAGCAGGAGCAGAAGGAAAAAGAUGAGAAGGAGCUCGCCAUCCUGGCCCGAGCUGCUACUCUUAUCCAAGCCGUGUGGAAGGGCUACCUGGUGAGGUCACUAUUGCGGACCAAAAGGAAGAAGAAGGGGAAGGGGAGGAAGAGCGUCAGCAGGAAGUGAGCUUUGGUGGUGAGGCUGCCCUGGGCAGCUCUGAAGAGAUGGAGCCCUCCUGAGGGUGGGAUGUUCUUUAAUAAAGCUGAUCAUUUAAAAAAGAUGGAGAUGUAGUAAAGCUGUAUCAUUUCUCCCAGCCUGAAAUCGCUCUUGCCUUGAAUAGAAAGGGGAGGAGCAUCUCAGAGAGCUUCAGACUACAGAUCUCUUUCUCGAUCUCCAUGCUUCUCUUUGAUCCAGGACAUUCAGCCUUGUAUCCUCCAAAUGUCAUCCCCCGUAUCCAAGAAUACAUACAAAGAAAAAGCAGAUGGAACGUACUGGCCGAGAACCUCAGGAAUAAACUGAGCACGCUUGUUUGGGUGAUAAAAAGGGAGGGCAGAAUUGGGGAGGGCUGACAAACCAACCAGCCCUUCAGCACCCUUUGAUUUCUCAUUGUUAGUUGCUGCCAUUUCUUCCCACUUGGUUUUGAUUUCAGAAGUACAUUAGGCGACAAGGUGUCUUCAAACAGCACAGCGAAGGAGAGGCAGUUUGAUUCCCUUGUUUUCAGUUACCCCAUUUGCUAGCCAAACAUGCCCAACUCUGGCAUGGCACUUCUUUAAGCUGACCUCUUCCCAAAUGUGGAUUGCACUUUUGGGACCCAGGCCGAAGAGAGUUCCAUAAGCUAAGGGCUGGGUUCUUGUUUGAUCCUGCUCCCGUAGUGCUAACCCAGCCCAACUGGUGCAAAAUAGAACAGAAUCACCCACAAACCUCUUUUUCUCUCUCCUCGUCUAAUCAGCACUCAACUCUCCCUGCUUUGCUAAGAGCCGCCUCUGUCGUUCCCGAUUCCUUAUUGGAUUUGAUUCCUACACACCGAACGAACCACCGGCAUGUGAUUUUGCACCCGCUGGGAUAACUUCACCAUUUUAUUAUCAUUUCACCCUGUCCCAG